ACAGCCGUCCGCCAUCACUGCCUACAAGCUAACAUUAGCCAAAAACCAGUGAGGAGAACGACUAACAACACAACAGACACGCAGAGCGACCUAAUUCCCACAGGGGAGGUCACCGAGUUUCUCUGUCGCUUUCCUAGCGCUGAAAGCAAAUUUAGCAGCUGCCUUUCAUGUAGUCUUUAAGUCAGCUUAGAAACGGUAGUCGUUGCAACUAAUCAUGUCCAACCUCAAAGGCGGCACCAAGAAGGACACCAAGAUGAGGAUACGAGCCUUUCCCAUGACAAUGGAUGAGAAAUAUGUGAACAACAUCUGGGACCUUCUAAAAAAUGCCAUCCAGGAGAUUCAGAGGAAAAACAACAGUGGACUGAGCUUUGAGGAGCUGUACAGGAACGCCUACACCAUGGUUCUCCACAAACAUGGGGAGAAGCUGUACACAGGCCUGAGGGAGGUUGUCACUGAGCACCUCAUCAACAAAGUACGGGAAGAUGUCCUAAACUCCUUAAAUAAUAAUUUUCUGCAAACACUGAAUCAGGCCUGGAAUGACCACCAGACUGCCAUGGUUAUGAUCAGAGACAUCCUCAUGUACAUGGACAGGGUCUACGUUCAGCAAAACAAUGUGGAGAAUGUGUACAACCUUGGCCUCAUCAUAUUCAGGGACCAGGUGGUUCGCUAUGGCUGCAUUCGGGACCACCUACGGCAGACAUUACUGGACAUGAUUGCACGGGAGAGAAAGGGAGAGGUUGUAGAUAGGGGGGCCAUCAGAAACGCCUGCCAGAUGCUGAUGAUUCUUGGCCUGGACAGCAGGUCUGUAUAUGAGGAGGACUUUGAGGGUCCUUUCUUAGACAUGUCAGCUGAAUUUUUCCAGAUGGAAAGCCAAAAGUUCUUAGCAGAAAACAGUGCCAGUGUCUACAUAAAGAAGGUAGAGGCCAGAAUCAAUGAAGAGAUCGAGCGAGUUAUGCAUUGCCUUGACAAGUCCACAGAGGAACCCAUUGUCAAGGUAGUGGAAAGGGAACUAAUUUCAAAACACAUGAAAACCAUUGUGGAGAUGGAGAACUCCGGCCUGGUCCAUAUGCUUAAGAACGGCAAGACGGAAGAUCUGGCAUGCAUGUACAAACUGUUCAGUCGUGUGCCAAAUGGCCUGAAAACAAUGUGCGAGUGCAUGAGCUCUUAUUUGAGGGAGCAAGGCAAGGCUUUGGUGUCAGAAGAGGGAGAGGGCAAGAACCCUGUUGACUAUAUUCAGGGUUUGCUAGACCUGAAAACACGAUUUGAUCGUUUCCUCCUCGAGGCCUUCAACAAUGACAGACUCUUCAAGCAAACUAUAGCUGGAGACUUUGAGUAUUUCCUGAACCUCAACUCCCGCUCUCCAGAGUACCUGUCACUCUUUAUUGAUGAUAAGCUGAAGAAGGGAGUUAAAGGGUUGACAGAACAGGAGGUGGAGUCAAUUCUUGACAAGGCCAUGGUGUUGUUCAGGUUUAUGCAGGAGAAGGACGUGUUUGAAAGGUACUACAAGCAGCAUUUGGGUCGUCGGCUGCUCAGCAACAAGAGUGUCUCAGACGAUUCAGAAAAGAACAUGAUCUCUAAGCUCAAGACAGAGUGCGGCUGUCAGUUCACCUCAAAACUGGAAGGGAUGUUCAGAGACAUGAGCAUCUCCAACACUACCAUGGAUGAGUUCAGGCAACACAUACAAACCACAUCAGCAUCUUUAAGUGGUGUGGACCUCACAGUAAGAGUCCUAACUACUGGCUACUGGCCCACGCAGUCUGCAACGCCCAAAUGCACCAUCCCCCCAGCCCCCAGACACGCCUUUGAAGUUUUCAGACGAUUUUACCUAGCUAAGCACAGUGGUAGACAGCUCACAUUGCAGCAUCACAUGGGAGGUGCUGACCUAAACGCAACUUUCUACGGAGCUGUUAAAAAGGAGGAUGGUUCAGAGUUGGGUAUGGGAGGUGCCCAGGUGACAGGGUCUAACACCCGGAAGCACAUACUACAGGUCUCCACCUUCCAGAUGACCAUCCUCAUGCUCUUCAACAACAGAGAAAAGUGCACUUUUGAGGAGAUUCAGCAGGAGACUGAUAUUCCAGAGCGAGAGUUGGUGCGAGCAUUACAGUCUUUGGCGUGCGGGAAACCGACACAGCGAAUUCUCACCAAGGAGCCCAAGUCCAAGGAGAUAGAAAAUGGACACGUGUUUACAGUCAAUGAUCAGUUUACCUCCAGACUGCACAGAGUCAAAAUUCAGACAGUUGCUGCUAAACAAGGUGAAUCAGACCCUGAACGGAAAGAGACUCGGCAGAAAGUGGACGAUGACAGGAAGCACGAGAUUGAGGCGGCCAUUGUCCGAAUCAUGAAGUCAAGAAAGAAGAUGCAGCACAAUGUCCUGGUGGCAGAGGUGACCCAGCAGCUGCGGGCACGUUUUCUUCCAAGCCCUGUGGUAAUCAAAAAGCGGAUAGAAGGACUUAUAGAAAGAGAAUAUUUGGCGAGGACACCGGAGGAUCGUAAAGUGUACACAUACGUUGCAUAGAAGAUGAACAGUGAAAGAGAUGACAGGAUGGCAGCGUUGUUUUUCUUUGGACUGUUGUUACGCAUGGACUGGAAGUUUCUUUUAAAGACAAACACUGGGAACUCGAUUCAUCACCCCUUCCAAAAAUUCAGUAAAUGCAUUAAUGGGGAGUAAAAUCUUCCUGCAGAAAAAAAUCUGUCAAAUCUUCUAGAUGAUUUUUUUUUUUUUUUUUUUUUUUUUUUUUUUAAAUCUGGCCCAGUCUUCCUGUUCCCUCAGAGUUUUAACGUGGAUGGACCCAGCUUCAAGCUUUUCACUGUUUUACCCUUGUAGAGAUCAAACUUGAAAAGAAUCCCUCGGGAAAAAUGUGAAUGCACCACUUAUUUUUUUGGUUCAAUACCGUAUUAAAAUAAAAUUAUUUAAAAAAAAAAAAGAGAGAAAAUGUGGAUUGUUACAAAAUAACGAUUAUGAAAUGCUCUAGUUUCUCAAGCAAACAGUCUUAAGAAGUGCACUGAUUUGCUGGUUUUUCUCAACCAGCUGUGACAGACCAGCAUCACAUGAGGCAGGCGGAGAGGGAGCAUUUGCUGCUCUCUGCUGACCCUGUGUGGGAAUAACACUUGAAUCCACAUCCAGACAGUUCAGGAUGAAAACAUCUAGUUUAUCCUGCUGCUCUGCAAGAAUACAACUAUUUUCUCCCAGAGGACACCACACUGUCAUCUGGUGUUUUUAUAGAGAAAAGUUUGCUUCCAUUCCAACACACUUGGUCAUGGUUCAGAUAUCUGAAUUGGAGAUAACGAGGGCUUUUUUUUUUUUUUUCUUCACAUUCCAUCUGUUGGGCUGGGCUUUACUGCGGUAAUAUUGUGUUGUGCAAAUAUGUAAUAAUGUGGUGUCAUCAAGGAGACUGAAUACCCAAGUGCAAAGAAGUCAUUUUCCCUGUUUCAUCAGACAUAACCUACACAGCUGAGAUUUAAGCGCUGCAGACACUUGUGAACAUUUGCAAAUGUAACCCAUGAGUCAGAAAUCUGUUUUGUAAUCUGUAUAUAUGGAACACGAGUGCACGUGGGUAAUUGGAAGUAAUUGCUUUGGAUACAUUCAGCACAAAUCAGUUAUUUGGUCUUUAAUCGAUAUUUCAUGACACUAAACAAUGCAGUAUCCUAAAUAUGCAGCUGUUAUAGAUAGGAGGCCUGUUGAGAAUAAA